AUGCGUGGUUUUUGUCAGCUUGUGCCCAUACAGGCCACGGAGGCUGGAGGCCCGGUGCUUAACCGACGGCGCGUGCUGAUGCGGGGCCCCAGAUAUGCACCAAUUGGCCCGCUGGACUUGUACGGCGCCCUUGAUGCAGCCUUGGAGGGCGGCCUCGGUCCUUAUGAGGUCGUGAUGCGCAGCAGCGGCUUCCUGCCCUUCCUUGUGUGGGUCCACUCCGCGCUCGCGAUCCCCUCCCGCAUCCUCAACGUGACCCUUCUCAAGCAGCACUAUGCCCGUGCAAUAAUCACCCAUCACGGUGGGCAAGCGUUCUCCUUCGUGGAGUUCUGUGACGCGCAUGGCGCGCUGCACCAUGGCCGCCUCUACCUUCUGCUCACCACAGACAUCACGGACGAGGAUGUGGAGGCCAGCGACAUCCCUCUGGCCUUCAUCCGCUGGUUUUCGCCCAUCCAGAUGGAUGAGUGCACCGGCUUCAUGGCCAUGAGGCCAGAGACGGGUGCAUAUGGUUAUGCUAUUGUAGCCGUGGGCUUUGUGCGUUGUACGGUCCACAUGCACCCUUCCUCUUGCUGUUUUGCAACCUGA